CUAUACAACCAGAGGAGUCGCCCCCUGGUGGACACUAGAGAGAAUGCAGCUUUGACACAUGAAGCUCUGACUUCCGGAGGUUUUUACUAAGAAUACACAGUAAACACUGCAGCCACUAGAGGGCGCUGUCAACAAGACUGUUAUAAAACUGAUUUACUCCCAAUGAAAAAAACCUGAACUUGAAGCCUGAUGAACCCUUUUCCCUCAAAGCCAUUUAUCAACACACACACACGCUCUUUGCCUGAUUGGUAUUGAUCGUGGUGCUGCAGUGUGUGUUGGUGUUUCAACUGUGGAGGAGGAAGAUGUUUCUUCACAUCUGUUUAUAAUGAAGUACAUCAGCUCAUGAGGUUGCAUUCUAAUCACUAAUAUUCUCAUCGUCAGUCUUCAGGUCAAUGACCCUUAAAAGUCUUGACUCUUUGAGGACAGAAUGUCCUCAGUGUCGAGGCCUCCCAUUGGUCCUCACAAAGAUAGAAGUUCCUGAGAGUCCUGAUGAGAAUAAUUCUUUAAAUCCCCCGAAAAACUCUGGAUCAGAGGAUUCCUGUUGACCUGUUUCACAGUUCUACAGAUUCUAGUUAUUUAGUUUACGAUAGAUUCAGUGGUUAAAAAUCUUUGUCCAUUCAUCUGCUUUGACUAAAAGACAACAAGACGAACCGUGAUGUGUAAACAACGUGAUCGCAGCUUAAAUUUGACUUUUUAAAUCUGAUAAUCUGCUGCUGUGAAGGUGACGUGAGACAUUUUAAUCUGCUUUAUGACUCAGUUAUUAAACACACCAGAUUAUGGAAGAAGUGUUCAGAUCCCUUCAUGAAGUAGAAGUACUAAUACCACAAUAAUCACAGUCAUGUCUGUUGUCUCAGCUGUAAGUAGUACAUUACAGCCAGUACACACUGAGUACCACUGAACUACACAGUCACUACUUUAACUACAUGAAGCUGAUAGUACUUGAGUACUUGUACCUGUGUCCCCAGUACUCGGCGGCCGGCUGUCUUCUGUCCCUUCACCACAGUGAGAAGCCGGACCACGAGGAGGUGUGUGAGUUCCGUCCGUACACCUGUCCGUGUCCUGGAGCCACCUGUAAGUGGCACGGCUCUCUGGAGGCAGUCAUGCCUCACCUGAUGCACGCUCACAAGUCCAUCACCACGCUGCAGGGCGAGGACAUCGUCUUCCUGGCGACGGACAUCAACCUGCCGGGCGCCGUAGACUGGGUGAUGAUGCAGUCAUGCUUCAGCCACCACUUCAUGCUGGUCCUGGAGAAGCAGGAGAAGUACGAGGGCCACCAGCAGUUCUUCGCCGUCGUGCUGCUCAUCGGCACCCGCAAGCAGGCCGAGAACUUCGCCUACCGCCUGGAGCUCAACGGAAACCGGCGCCGGCUCACCUGGGAGGCCACGCCGCGCUCCAUCCACGACGGGGUGGCGGCCGCCAUCAUGAACAGCGACUGCCUCGUGUUCGACACCUCCAUCGCACACCUGUUCGCCGACAACGGCAACCUGGGGAUCAACGUCACCAUCUCCAUGUGCUGAGAGGAACCAGAAGAACCAGAAGCAGCGCCGCCGCCUUCUGUGACGGGUCGUCUCUCGAUCGGGCGCCAGAGGAAACAAAGAGAGAGAGAGCGAGCAUUGGGCCGUCAUGGGCGCUGCUCCAAAGACUCCUGAGACAGAUUUCACUCUCCAGAGAUCAAAGGGUUCAAACAGACGAAUUAUCUCAACCUGACUUCCUGUUUGUUCUCAAUAUUCUCAUCGAUGAUGGAGAAGAAUAUUGACUCUAUUAUUGCAGGAAACAUGUGGUCACCUUUCUUAUCUAACGCUGCGUUCACAUCAAACACCAAGAGAAUCUUCUUUAAAUACAAAGUCAAAGCAAAGACGCGAGAGGACGGAAGAAAGUCGCUGCUGUCUUCAUCGACGUUAUGUUGAGUGUUGAUGGAGAUGCUACAUUGUUAGCCUAGCAUAUAGCCUAGCACUGAUGGAUAUUUAGUGUUGGUGCAGUAGUAAACAGCUGACGUGUGGUUUAUUAGACACAGUGAGAACUCCUCCUGAUGAUGUCAUGAACCAGACAUGAGUUUAGUUUCCUGGAUAUCUGGUUCUUCAACAACCGGAGUGACGUUAAACACAAGUGAUCCUGUGAAUAAUGUGACGCCAACAUGUAGCUUUGCUUUGUUGUGAACGCAGCAUGAAGGAUGAAGACGAUAGAACGUGACCACGAUAUGACGAUCGGCUUCUAUGAAACGUUAACGUAACAGUGGAGCCAGAUUAUAACUUCACAGGAAACAAACGGCUGCUGGCUGUUAAAGUGCAGCAGAACAAUGUGAAUAGUUCAGAGUGGAAGGUUGCCGGUUCGAAUCCCUGCAGUGACCGGCGGCUGCAGCUUGUCUCUCACAUUUCGGAGGUCAGUGUCUGGACUCUGAGGACCAGCUGAGCUUCUGGAGUCCUCCUCACACUUUAAUCUUUAAUCUCAGAUAAAAGUCGUCCGUUCAGCCGCCAGCGCCUUAACUUUUUCUACCGUCUUCUUCUUCCUGUUGGAGUCACAACAUGAACUCAUGACAGAGAAAUGUAUUUAGAAACAUUCCUUGUCUGUAAACCGUUGUAGCAAACGGACCAGGAAGAACCCGACUUCAGCAGAUACCUCUGACCUCCAGCAGUUUCCUCCGUGUUUGUUGAUCUUCACUGCUGCUUUCUGCUGAAACUAGUUCAGAUGAAUUCAUUGUAAUCAUAAAUAAAUGUAAGUUUUAUUUCACGUCGGUAAUUCUGAGAUAAUUUCCAACAGUUCCAAUAAUUAAAUUUAGUAAUAAUUACAGUUAAAAAUGGAUAAAAUGUGUAAUUAACUGUGUGAACAUAUAAAUGUACAUAAGAGAAACAAUUCACCAAAAACGUGCUAACUGCUACGGGCUCGCUAACGAAGUUGACGAGUGCAAGCGGCGAUGAUUAUUAUUACGGGUUUAAUAACAUCAGUUAAAGAGUCACUUAAAUAAACACUUAGCUGGAAGCUUGUAAAAAGCCGUUACAAGUUAAUUAGCUCGCUAGCUAGCGACCGUUGCACGUUAGCUCGCAUUAGCUAGCGACUGUUUUUCAUUAGCUAGCUAGCAACCGACGAUAGAACAAGGUAGAAAUAUAUAGUGAGUGUCUUCAUUGUUAAUUUUACUGAUGUAAACAAUAAUAGAAUGUGGCUUUAGACAAUUUCAAAGCUUCAUUAAUUUAUUUUUAAUUAUAAUUUAUGGUUUUAAAAGCCUCGUUUUAAUUUUUAAAGUGUUUUAAUCGAGUUUUUGGUUGUAAAAGUUGUGGAAAAAUUGUCAAAAUUGUCUGGUAAAAUGAGGGCACAUUAUUAUUAAUACUGAAUAAUAAACACGGAGGAAACACAGCUCUGAUAAUCACUUCCACUUUACAGCCACCGACUUUCCACCAGAUGUUUAGCGAUAUUGUAAAUGAAGUUAUAACGACGGUAUAUUUUAUAAAAACUGCUCCGUUUAUUGUAUUUGUGUUCUGACAGUUUGACUCUGCUGCUGAGACGAUGAUGAAUAAAGAUGAAAACGAGGAGAGUUCACAUAACUAACGCUCACUUUUUAUUCUUUUUAUUGUUGACAUGAAACUCUUUGAAUCAUCGGAAACUGUUCAUGAGUCAAAACUACGACUCCCAGGAUGCAUUUCACCAACACACCAAUCGGGGUCACAUUCUGCUAUAUGUGAUGCUAACGGCUACAUUUAGUCACUUAUCCCCAUGGCAACAGCAGCUGAGGCUCAUGGGUAUUGUAGUAUUUAGAGUCGUCUGGUUUCUUAAAACAAACUUUUAGUAAAGUUCAAUUAUUCAGGAGGGAAACGUGUUUGUUAAUAUUCUGUAAACAAGCUGCCGGAUCAGAACUCUGUGCUAAGCUAACGAGGCUAUCAGCUAAUCUCAUUACUGCUUUAAUUAGUAGGAAAUGUUCUAUUUUAGCUCAGUUAUUCCAGGAAGUUUCAACAUAAAGUAGUAAAACAAUUUGUCCAGUUAACGUCAACAUAUAAAACAAUUAAAGAACAUUUUAUUAAUUUCUUAGGUCAUUCAUAUUUUACCUACAUUUUUUAUCAAAUCUCAGUUCUUUCAGGAAAAGUCUUACAAAUUAUUCCGUAAAUGUAGAAUUUCAGCGUCAGAAAUAAAUCGGAGACAAAAUCCCCCAUAAAUUCAAGUAAUUUGCCCCAAAACACAACAAAGGGAACAAAAAUGACCCAAAUUAAAUAUUCCAUUUCCACCCGACAGCAUUGAUUGGCUUGAAGAUUAAUAUUUCCCUCGUUAACGAGUGCAGAUAAUUGAACGCGUGAUACAUGAAGACGUUUCUUUUCUUCUCAGCGUUCUGUGAUGUUUGAGUGAUUCUCAAAGUCAGAGGAGACAUUUUAGGACGGUCAGUGUUUAUUAUUAUAAUAAGUCAUAAUGAUUCAUCUUUCAACACAAAAACAA